CAGUUGACAUGUGUCUGUCACAUUUGAUACAUAGUGUCUGUUCACUGCUGUCAUUUAUCAAACUAAUACAAACGUAUUUUUGUAAUAUCGAUGUGUAAUAAAAUUUAAGUUAUUAAAAUGAAUCAAACAAUAAACGUUGAUCAACUAAAUUCCGCCUUAACAUCAUUAAGAACUCUACGAUCUAGUGUUAGUCAUGUAUUUGAAACCUUAUCGAAUGGCCUCAGAGCCGACCACGGUGAAGACGGGAAAGACAAAUUUCUGUUAGAGCUCCAGGAACUUCUUAACAAUGUGAACAUUAACGUUAGAGACUUGGAACAGACAGUGAAUGGUUUACCGAUACCUACGGCACCAUUCAAUUUAGGAAACACUACGUUUUUAAGCCAAGAAACUACACAGGACCGGCAAGCGUUGUAUACUCAAUUAGUAAACAGUUACAAGUGGACGGAUAAGAUACACGAAUACAGCUCGUUUGCUCAUACGCUGUUAAGUCAAAACUCUCUAAAGAGAUCGAACCUCAAUUCGGGCAGCACAAAACGUCGGGGGAAAUUACACAGUAACCACAACGUGGCUCCGCUACAAGUGGACAACGUCAUAAAUAACAUCGACAGAUCUUACAAUGAUAUGAAAAUAACGAUAUCCCGGCCGUUCGCUAGCAAUGCCGUCGUCCAAAUCAACUUGAGCCAUGUAUUGAAAGCAGUUGUAGCAUUCAAAGGGCUCUUAAUGGAGUGGGUGAUGGUGAAAGGUUAUGGGGAGACACUCGAUCUGUGGACAGAAUCGCGUCACAAUGUGUUCCGGAAGGUUACAGAAAAUGCACAUGCAGCUAUGUUGCACUUCUAUUCCCCAAUGCUUCCAGAAUUAGCUGUGCGCUCGUUUAUGACUUGGUUACACAGUUAUGUGAAUCUAUUUAGUGAGCCAUGCAAGAGAUGUGGAUGUCAUUUACACCACACAUCCAUGUUGCCGCCAGCCUGGCGUGACUUCCGUACCCUUGACCCGUUCCAUGAUGAGUGCAAACAAUAGUCCAUGUGGUAUUGAAUGGGAAAGAGAGGAUGCGGUCGUGGGUAGCUUUCUCAUUCAAUACUAAAAAUAUAAUACGAACUGCUUAAUGGAUUGUGAACUGAAUUGUGUAAAUAUUUUAUUUAUUGUAUGUACAAUGUAUGUAAGCGAUUAUAUAUGAAAUAGUUUUGAAAUAUUAAAUGUUUAUUCAAUCUCUUAAUCCAAAACUGUCAUACUGAUUAUGGUUACUUAUACAAAUAGUUAUGAUAAUUAAUUCUUUCACAGCAGAUACAAUGGAUAUAACGCUUGGUAUUGUGAUUAUUUUUUCUUAUUUUUUUUUACUCUAAUCUGUCUCCUUUGUGGGACUUACCUUAGUAGUAUCUGACCUGUCACAUCCUAAUUGUUAAAAGUAGCUGCGUUUACUGUAAUUCUAUUAAAUGUUUAAGAUUUACCCAUAUAUAUGUGAUAUGCCCGACAAUUGAUUAACCAAUAAGUUGAAUUUUGCACAUACUAAGUUGCACUUAAGUUAUAAGAAAUAUCACUUUCACUUAUAUUGAAAAUGACAUUUUAGUGUAACUAGAAUAUUU